CUCGCCAAGUUGAAGUGAAAUCAAGUCAAAAAAAUUUGAAAAAUGAACGACAUGUUUAACAGCGAACACCACGAGGAGAGCGUACUAAACUCCCCCGACGAUACGGGGUUGACUAAUCAUCAAAAAGCAGCGCUAGUAGGAGCAUGGAGCUUAGUGAAGCAGGACAUGGUUUCGCAUGGAGUUAAUGUAUUUAUAAGACUUUUCGAGGAACAUCCCAAGUAUUUGGAAUAUUUCGAUUUUUCCCAAGAUGAUUCAGCAGAAGAAUUAAGAGAAAACAAAUCGCUGCACGCUCAUGCACUGAAUGUGAUGCAUUUGAUUGGUGCCCUAAUUGACUAUGGAUUGGAUAAUCCUCUCAUGUUCAAGUGUAGUUUGUCCAAAAUGAUGAAAAAUCAUAAAAAGCAUGGCGUCAAUAAGGAAGAUGUUACAAUUGUCUGUGGCAUAAUCAUGGAAUAUUGCCUGGAAGCACUGGAUCAACGUGGCUCUACAACUCUCGAAGAAGCUUUUUCAUCUUUUAUGAAGAGUAUUGCUGAUACUUUUGAUGAAUAGGUAAAGCUCUGUAUGUUAAUCUUCAAAACGAAGCCCAGCAAAUUGUAUGGUCCAAUAAAAUCAAGAAAAAUAAACUGAGUUUGUAAUGAUUAAUCAAAAUCAC